CGUCAGUACCAAGGAGGAUGCCGCCAAAGCCGACGUCGACGACCGUGGAGGACCUCACGCUCCUGGUGACGCUGGAUGAGGUCACGAUUCUAAAGGCCCUGCAAGCACGGUUCAAUCAGAACUUCAUUUACACCAGCACGGGUGCAAUCUUGCUCGCUAUCAACCCGUUCCGUCCCCUCGACCACCUCUACACGGACGCAGUCAAGGACACAUACAUCGAACAUGGAAACCUCGUCAUGAUGGGUGAGAAGAACGUGCCCAAGCUGCCGCCGCACGCCUAUGCGGUUGCCGACACGGCAUUCCGUGAUAUGAACCGAGACAUGUGGAUUCGCCCGGCGACCCCGAACACGUCGGCAGUCUUGCACGCGGCAGAGCCUGAAGCACCUCCCAUGGUGUCGUCGAACCAGAGCAUUCUCGUGAGUGGUGAAAGUGGUGCUGGGAAGACCGAAACGGCCAAAAUCAUCAUGCAGUACCUCGGGUCGGUGUCCAUGGCGACGGCUCACGAAGGCUACGCCAAGGAACAUAUUCGCAAUCGAGUGCUCGAGUCAAAUCCAAUCCUCGAAGCGUUUGGGAACGCCAAAACGAUGCGAAACAACAACAGCAGUCGAUUCGGAAAGUUCAUUCGACUGGGCUUCGAGCCGAAUGGAUCCCUCUUGGGGGCGUCGAUCCUGACCUACCUUCUCGAACGCGUGCGCCUGGUGUCCCAGGGUCCUGGCGAGCGGAACUACCACAUAUUCUAUGAGCUGCUGGCAGGAGCAUCUCCCGAAGAAGCAGCCGAAUUCAGUCUUGCUUCUGCCGAAACGUUUCGGUACCUGAACCAAUCUGGCUGCAUCCUUCGCCAAGACGGCGUCGACGAUGCGAUGAGUUACCGCGACACGAUUCACGCCAUGACAACCCUUGGGAUCGACCGAGACGAACAAAAGAAUGUGCUGCAGCUCGUCGCUUCGAUCUUGCAUCUCGGCAACAUCGAAUUCGACGCGGCCGCCGGCGACAGCGGUGGCAGUGCGGUGCGCGCCACUUCGGCGUCCGCCCUCGCGAUGGCCAGUCGGCUGUUGGGAGUCGACGAACCAACGCUGGAACGCAGCUUGACGUCGAAAGCGAUCCAGGCGGGCGGAGACCAAGUCACGGUCCUCCUUGGUCCAGACAAAGCCGUUGUGACCCGCGACGUGAUUGCCAAGACAUUGUACGCCGAGUUGUUUGACUGGCUCGUGGCCCGCAUCAACAAAUCGAUCGAGUACGCGCCGCGGGACGCGGCGACGGACCGGUUCAUUGGGAUCGUCGACAUUUUUGGGUUUGAGAUCUUUGCGACCAACUCGCUCGAGCAAUUGUGCAUCAAUUACGCCAACGAGAAACUGCAGCAACUGUUUGCGUCGUUCGUGUUUGAGAAAGAGCAGGAAGAGUAUGUGAAAGAAGCCAUUCCGUGGUCCUUCGUCACGUACCCGAACAACGAUCUGUGCGUGGCGCUGUUCGAGUCGCGGCCCAAGGGACUGCUGCCCCUCCUGGACGAAGAAUCGCGGCUCCCGACCGGCAACGACUCGCACUUGAUUCAGAGCUUCUACUCGUUGUUUCAAGACCACACCCACUUCACCGUGUCGCCGCUGCAAAAAAAGAUCCUCCACUUUCAAAUCGUGCAUUACGCGGGCCCUGUCACGUACGUCGGCGACGGGUUCUGCGACAAAAACAAAGACCAUGCCCAUGCUGACGCACUGGGAUUCAUGGCGACGUCGACUGUCCCGCUCUACAAGGCCGUGUUUGACCAGGCGCGCCUGCUCGCAUCCAUCACACCGUCGUCAUCCAAGCAGCCAUCCACGGUCGUCCACAAGUUCAAGUCGCAGCUCGCCAGCCUCCUCGCGUUGCUGCAUACGACGGAGCCGCACUUUAUUCGGUGUGUCAAACCCAACGACGCGAUGAGCGCCAACCGGUUUGACGAAGUGCGGGUCACCGAGCAGCUGCGGUGCUCGGGCGUUCUCGAAGCGGCCAAAAUUUCCCGGACUGGGUACCCGCUGCGAUUCUCCCAUGCUGCGUUUGUCCACUCGUACUUGUGUCUGUGUCCGGGCGUUCGGUUGCCGCCGUCGUCAUCGGACGAUCCGUCGCCGCCAAGUUUGCGCUCGACGGCCCAGGAAAUCAUUGCGGCGAUUCUAGCGGGAUCGUUCAUGCAACCGCCAUCGGAGCCACCGGUCGUCCUCGUCCAGGAAGAAGGCCGCGCGUCGUUUCAGGUUGGCCUGACCAAGGUGUUUAUGGUCCUGUCCGUGUACGAACAACUCAACGCAGUCCGGGAAUCCUUGUUUGGCGACAGCGUGCUCGACAUGCAGCGCAUGAUUCGAGGCUGGCUCGCUCGUGUGCACUACCGUCGAUGUCGCCAAGCAAUCCUGACCAUCCAGUCGACCUUCCGCAUGCUGCGCAUUCGCCGUGCGUUCCUCCAGCUGCGCCACUCGAUGCUCGUCGUGCAAAAAGUCGUGCGUGGCCAUCUCGCGCGGGUUCGGGUGCGACAUCUCCGGCGACACCGCGCGGCCGUCCGUAUUCAAACAGUGCUGCGGAUCCACAUCGCCAAGCGAAUCGCCAACCACCGCCGCGUCCAUCAGGCGAUGCUGCCCGUCGUGUCGGAGCUCACGAGCGUCCUCGAGUAUUCCAAGCAGUUUGAACUCACGCAGCAGUUUGAGCAGCAACAAGACUACGCCAAUUCGUCGACCAACGGUCGAUCGGGCACUGGUGGCCGCACGAUUCGACUCGAUGAAUUCAGCGACGACGAUUCAGACGACGACGACAGCAUUGUCAUGGGCGACCGACACGCAGACAUUGCCGCCGACAGCAACUACGGCGGGUGGGGACGCCAUCGCGGCACGUCCCAGUCCGGGAUGGCAGCACUCACGUACGAAGUCGCUGUCUUGCAAGGCGGACAGCUAGGCGUAUGCUUUGAACGUCGCGACGGGCUAUACGUCGCGCACAAGUUGCAUCCAACCCUCAGUCAUUGCGUGGACAUUGCGAUGAUAAGUCCGGGGGAUGUUCUGGUCGCCAUGAACAACCAGCCUCCGCUCCUUUCGUCGACGUUGGAGGUGCAGAGCCCCCACGGAGCGCUGCACUUCCUUCCGCCCGCGACGUACUACACAACGUUUCGGUUCGAGAAACCAAAGAGUCCCGUGGCGGUCCAGGCGGGGGUGUCGUCGCUGACGACGAAUGCCAAGGCCGUCGAGGUGCUGUGGCUCGCGGAACCCUCGCUCGGCGUGUCUCUCCGAAUGCACCCGACGCUGCGAGUCCCACAAGUCGGUCAAAUCAACCACUUUGACAACCCUGGCAUGAUCAACCUCCAUGAAGGCGAUAUCUUGAUCGCGCUCAACGGCGUCGACAUCCGCCGCAUGGAGUUUAGCAUGGCCCUCGCCUUGCUCAAGGACGCCGCGCGACCACUCGUCCUUACCUUUGAAUCCGUGGUCGACACGUACGCCACGCCGGCCUUCACGUUGCUGGACGGUUCCUUCCUUUACCACGUCGUGUGGGACGGUGGGCAGCUCGGUCUGUCCCUGUCCAAGACGACGACGUUGUACCCCAAAGUCGUUCAUGUCAACGUCGACCAGCCUGGGACGGCCAUGAACGUGAUGAAGAAGCGCCUGGCCAUGGGCGAUGUCAAAGUGUCGCGAGGCGAUUCGCUCGUCAAGGUCAACCACCAAAGCGUUCGGGAAGUGCCGUACUCGCAGUUGCUCCAACAGCUUCGAGACGGGCCCAAGCCCGUGAUUCUGACCUUUCAAAAGCGAAAGCGACCCAAACUGCCGACGACCGGCCUUAGAUGAGACCGCAGCUUAAUCUGACACGUUCGUGCGUUUUCGUGUGGGUAUCUCAUGCUGUGCGUUAUGUGCCCAACGGGACGAGAUUGGACCUGCC